AUGGAGGAGGCAUAUAAAACGCGAAGGCCUUCUUCUUCUCCCUCCUCACCUGGCUUCCAGAGAGGAAGAGGAGGGAGGAACACGGGGCACAGGGGCGUCCGGAAUUUCCUCCGAUUCCGUUUACCGCGAAACCUCUGCCUCCAAGAAUCCAUUCCUCUGGUUGAUCUGUAUUCUUCCUGGAGGAGGAGAGAAGCGGAUAAUUACUGGCCCCGAAGGUGAAUUGGAGGGCGUUGAGGCGCGCGCGGUGCUUUCAGCCUGUCGGAAAAUGGAGAAAGAAGGGAGAAACCACUACCACACGCGGGGCUCCUCGCGCGGUGGCGGCGGGGGCACCGCGGCGGAGCGCGACCUGCUGUUACAGUGGGGCAACCGGAAGCGCCUGCGCUGCGUCAAGGUUCAGCGUCGCGACGUCGAGGCCGCCGCCACCGCGGCCGCCGAGAAGGCAGCCAUCGGCCAGCGCCGCGCCGCCGCCGCGGCAGCAGCGGCCGCGCAGCACCACCCAACCGGCCACACCCACCACCGCGUCCUCAGGAACUCGGAAGAGUUUGCAACCAUGAAAUCGCCAGCACAUCAACAACAAAACAAUGGCAUCCACACGGUUGCUUCACCAGACAGGGAACGUCCUGGUAGAGGUAACAACAACGGAGUUCCACAGACCUUUCCAGAUGACAAGAAAGGCUCUUCAUCAGGGAGUGAGGGAUCCAUCUGGCCGAAGUUUGCAAUCACCCUGUCAAACAGGGAAAAGGAAGAGGAUUUUCUGGUUUUCAAAGGAUCCAAGCUGCCUCAAAGACCCAAGAAAAGAGCCAAAGUUAUCCAGAGAACCGUCAAUUUUGUCUGCCCGGGAACGUGGCUAUGUGACUUGACUCUGGAAAGAUAUGAAGUCCGAGAGAAGAAGGUUUCCAAGAAGCGGCCCAGGGGACUGAAAGCUAUGCACGAUAUGGACAGCGACUCGGAAUAAAAAGAGAUCACUGAACCGUGAGAAGGCGAGUAUUAGAAAAGAAAGCCAGGACAGGACCAAACCCAACAGAAGAAAUUGACGUAAAAGCAUUCUGACGGAAUGAUUGUUCACCAUUUCUCGCGAUUGCUACCGGAGAUCAAUCCCUUCCAAAAGAACUUCAGGAAAUCAAGGAUGGCAGAAGUGGCGGACUUUGCAAAGAAGAGCACGGAGGGGCUGCAGGAGCAGGAACUUUACUAGUCUGCUUUUGCUCCUGUGAACAUGAGCUACUAUUCACUUCCCUGUAAAGCAGCAACUCAUUUUCUCAAGCCCCUCAUGUUAAUAACGGCCGAGCGCAUCUUCCCUUGUCAAAUGGCAGAGUGAUCCAGAAGGCAGUCCAGGUGGACGUGUAGUUCGCCCUGUGUCUGACAAUAAUACUGGCCUUCAGUAGCUUUUCUCUGUUUCCCCCUCUUGUGCAUGGUGCUGUAAAGGUUCAGUGUAUAUUCAGUUAGGAGCAUGCAUGGCGCCGUGUCAAGUUGUUGAUCAGGCAACACGAAUGACUGGACCUCGUGUAAUUCAGGACUUGUAAAAUUUUGAAGUUUCAGUAAAUUUUGUCACAGGCUCACAGUUCCACUGUU